AUGCUGUUUGUACUUCCGCAGCUUCGCCUUGCACGACUCGGCGGUAUCGGAGAGGAAAUCGGUCAGCGAAUAAACCAUGUGUUGGCGGGCAGAAUUCCCCGGGUAAGUGGAAAGACUCUGCUUCGUGCUAUUCUCUCGACAGCAGACGAGCCCGAUGUGGUAAUAGCGGCCGAGUGUAUCCGUCUGGAAGCCGCGCUGAAGUUGGGCCGAGAAGCUGACGACGGCCCCGUAGGACCCAUCGAGCGGGAUCCCAUUCCACGCGUAGUUCGCCGUCCGCUGGGGGAAACAUUGGAUGGUCUCGUGUUUGUAAUAAACGCAGCGCCCGCUCAUCCGCACCGCGAUGUCAUCCGGGACGGUUCUCGCGGCGAAGAUCGGGCGGUACUCCCCCGUUGA